CCGUAAAAGCCGGCUCCAGACUCUGUUCGGAGUUUCGGGCCGGAUUGCAGGAUGAUGCUCUGACAGCAUGAAUAUAGCGGACCGGGUGCUGGAGCUGGAGCUGCAACAUGGGCGUGGGUCGAAACGAGCGGGAUGUCAUUUCGCGGGCAUAAGACGGUAAAAAGGAGGAGCGCGCAGAAGGAUCCGAGUUGUGGUCUGAGCUCGGGUUCGCCACACGCAGCACUUUCCGUUCCCUGACCGGAAUGAUGGAGAAGGGCGCGUUGCAGCAGCAGCAGCAUCAGCACCAGCAUCAGCACCAGCAGCCUCUGUCCAACAGCGCAGAGCGUCCGGCGGAGGACGUGGCCAAAAUCCCCGACGAGGAGCUGCUGAAGUGGAGUAAACCGGAGCUGGUGCGGCGGCUGCGCCAGACGGAGACCGAGAGGAGGGCCGUCAUCGUGGAGCACGGCAAUCUGAUGCGUGAGGUGAACCGGAGGCUUCAGCAGCACCUCACGGAGAUCCGGAGUCUGAAGGACGUGAACCAGAAACUGCAGGAGGACAACCAGGAGCUGCGGGAUCUGUGCUGCUUCCUGGAUGACGACCGGCAGAAGGGGAAGCGGGUUUCGCGGGAGUGGCAGCGCCUGGGCCGCUUCAGCUCGGGGCUGAUGAGGAAGGAGGUGGCCGUCUACCUGCAGAAGUUAAAGGAGCUGGAGCAGCGGCAGAUGGAGGUUGUCCAGGAGAAUCUGGAGCUGAAGGAGGUGUGCUUCAUGCUGGAGGAGGAGCGAGCCGCUGCCACAGCCGGAGGAGGGGCCCACACCCAGGGAGAUCCCGGCUGCAGGAGCUCAAUAGACAGCCAGAACAGCCUGUCUCAGCUCGGAGGGGGCGGGCCUACACCUGGCUUGCUGCGUGACGUUGGCGAUGGGAGUAGUACCUCCAGCGCAGGAAGCACAGAUAGCCCAGAUAAACCCCACCACAAGUCACCUACUCUGAGCUCCAGUGCAAGGUCCUGGGAGAAACACAGAGAUAUGUGUGAAUCUCCAGAUAGGAGAAACAACUCAACCCCCGAGUACCAAACCUUCCCUCAGUCUUGCCGCCCCCGUGGUGGGUCCGUUAUAAACCUAGCACCCUAUGGAUUUGGAGGACCUUGGGCUGAGAAAAACAGCAAAUCCCCCACCAGGCUACCUUGUGACUCCAACUCCAAACCCUCCAGCUCUGAGCUACUAGCUCCAAAACAGUUUCUGAUGUCAGGGCACGCAUCAGCAGCCUGCAUGAAGGGGUCGGCUAAGUCCAGCCCGGAGCUGAGUCAGAGGAGGUUCCAGGGAGACAAUCUGGGGGCUGGCUGCAAAGGUCCUGAAGCUAAGCAGCCCACAUCAGGGACCCUGGAGUACCUGAAGAAAGGCCGGGUGAUUGUUGGGAGUCCAGAGUCUGUGCGGCACCACCAUGAUUACCAUCACAGCCCUGGAGGGGAGAACAGCAAGGGAAGGCAGAGCGGGGGGUCCCCGGGCAGGGAGAGGGCUCAGAGGAGGGCUAUUGGAGAAGAGAUGAGCCCCCAUCAUCAGAGUUUGUACAAUGCACUGGUAUCUGCUGGCUGCUGCACCAAUUCCUGUCGGACUGUAAAGCUUUGGGACAGCUUUGACGCCUCCUGACCAGGACACGCCUGUUGAUCUGAUGCUGCUCUGACAACACACACAACUGAGACAUGUGUGUUGUCAGAGGGGGGGACGGACUAACGCUUAACGGGGUGGAUAAAUAGUUGAAAAUGAAUCGGCGUCAAACAAAGACGCUGAAGAAUGAAACACGGCCCCUGAGAGGUGAAACUCUGGAAACACACAUUCUGCCCUUUCUCCUGUUGCUGCUAAUGCUACUAUGCACGACGACGAACAACGAUAGAUGUUGUUCGUCAUGUUGGAUAGGUGAGGACUUAUCCCUCCUUUGCCAAAAGAAAGAGAAAGAAGUGACUGAAGCUGCUCAGAAUCCUUGUUGCCAACAAUAUGGUUCUACCUCUUUUGAAAGAGAGCAUCCUCUUAGAAGACGCUCGGUACGAGAAGCAACGUCUGAUACUAGCACUGAAGGUCAAAAAGAGCUGGCAUUCGAAACACUGAAAACACCCAAGUCCUAAAUGUGGCUCCUGCUUUGGAACAAAACAUACUUUUAAAGCACAAACUCUAAUUCAAAGGAUAUUUUCUCUUGCUAUAUUGGCCAUCAUCAUCAGGCAGGUUCAAUACUUUUGUCCUCUAACAAUAGAUGAUGGAGAAGUUGGUGCAGGAGCUUUCAAAAAGACUGGCGGUGUAAGGACAGGGGAAGUGUAAGUGUGGAUUAGUGCGAAGCUCUUAUCUUAAAAUCAUAAAAUAUUGUUCAGCAAAGCCAUCUUGCUACUGUAAUCAAUCAACCCAUUUGUAGCUUGUAAGCAGAUCCUUAGAUGCAGCCUAUAGCUCACGAUGCUCCUUAAACAUAUUAAUAGAGUCUUAUUAAUAUGCAACACUCUGUGGCUAUGUUAACUAUUUUAUUGUUCAUAAACCAAUCUGUCUGAUAAUGUUAGUAUACAUUUUAAGAAUUCAUUAUUUUCCUAAACAUUAUUGGGUAUUUAUUACAACCCAAAAAAAUGUAUGUAAAUUUGGAGAUCCAUCCACACAUUAUGUCAAACUCUACGAGAGACUUGGUGGCUACGUCCAACAGCCAGAGGAGGAGAGGCGAGGUACGCCCUGGACAGGGUGAGAGUAUUUGGUGAAGGUAUUGAUUACAGUGUACCCACAUUUUCAGGUUUGGUCAUUUACGGGCAGUUCGGUCAAAUAUAUGAUCAAUAUGCAGAGCGUGAAUGAAUAAGACAUCUGAUGUAUACAAAUCUACCAACUAAUGAACGUGAGCUUUCCUUUUCAAUUGCAGUAUUGCAUACACUUAUACCAGGAUGACGACUUCAAUAUAAUAUUUGUGCAGCACAUAUUGUGAUGUCGAUCCUAUAGAGCAACUAAUAAAAUGAAAGGUCAUGAUGAAGGGAUCGAAUGUUCAAAAUGUAAUUCAAAAGUUUACAAUUUUGAUCUCUCAAAGAGGAUUUCAAAGCCUAAUUUUGGGACUAAUCUCUUAAUCUGAAAUAGGGAAGGAAUUCAAAGUCUUAAAAUAAAUUGGACCCAUUAACUUCCACCACCAGAACCACCGUUGAAGAAAGAUCUAAAGUUCCUGACUGUCGUCCAAAGUUGAGUAGUUUACUGUCACUUAAGGACAGUAAACCACAGCUGCCAAUUGCAGCUUUACAGAAAAAUAGACAAAUUUGCUUACAAUAAAAGCAAAAAACAUUUUUGGUAAACAAAUCUAGAGGAUGACCUGUCGGCAUGAGGAUAGCUAGUAAGAAAACUUUAUUGUUUUCAUACAUUCUUCAGACUAGAGAGGAGAAUAAAGAUGUCAACAUUUUUCUGUAACUAAUUACUUUUUCCAUUCACACUUUUGGAGGUUUAUGGGCUUCGUGAGAAUUAAAGCUGCAGUACGUAACUUUUAUAAAAAAAAAUAAAAAAAACAUAUCCUCACACAUUUGUAACAUGUUUGGGACAAAUAAUCGGUGAAAAACAACCGAGCUCCUCUCACGUCUCUCGGUGCUUCCAGUGUUAACGAGAAACAACUAGUCAGAGCGAGGAGGAGAGUCUCCGCUUAGAGCUGUCAAUCAUCGCUCCCUCGCUCCCCUCCUUUCUCUCCGCUACAGUUCAGCUUCAGAGCCUGUUGUGAAUGCUAGGGACAUUUAGCAUGGCCACCAAUGACAGCGGAUAAACGGUUUUCUUACAUAGGAGAGUCGUUUCCCCGCCAUUAGCACAUUUAGCAGCGCAUUCAUGGGAAUGAUUGGCAGUGCUAAGACACUCCUCCUGGCUUUGAGUGGGUGUUUUUCACUGGGACUGGGUGCAUUUCUUCAGACAGAAAUAGCAGCACAAUCUUUUCACAGAUUACCUGCGUCAUAUUAUACUGCCACAACAUGGUGAUAAUUACAAAUAUGUAAAAAUCUUUGAUAAAAGUUACAUAGGGCAGCUUUAAUUAAUUCUGAGGAGGUCACGAACAAUGACCUUUAGUAAUAUGGGAAUGGUAGUGAGAUAGGAAUACAUACCCCUUCAGCUUAUGACCUGCAUCUGAUCUCUGUUCAAUUCUUAUAAAGCUGCCAUCCAUAAUUGUUACUGCUUUAUUUAUUCCCUAAGCCUAACUUCAUACUUUCUGGAUGUCAAAUUCAAACCAUAUGUAUUUUUGUAUAGCACAAGUAGCAAAGGAUAAGUACAAAGUUAUUCUUGCAGAUUAAAAAUGAGGGUCGAAAUCACACCAUGCAAUUUCCACCAAUAAAAUGAGACUUUCUGAUAAAGUCAUAGUUUGUGUAAAAUGACCAACGCAGAGCUGUUCCACAUAAUGAAAUAUAACAAAUAUUACCAGCACACGUUACCUUCAGUUCUCAGAGAAUGGAUGUGAGAUUGAAAGGUGUGUGUACGACUUCUACAAAUGUAGCAUGAAGUUAUGAGCACCUUACUCUGCUGUUUCCAACAGGGUUAUAAAUUUGUUUGGAAAUAUUCUUUUUUUUUUUUUUAAAUGAAGAUCUGCUCCUACGUCAACAGUGCUGCAGUAUUAUAAACUUUGUGUCAGCUCUCAUUUCGUGGUGCUGUGCUUGUGUGUGCGCCAUUUUGUGCACCUCUGGGUCAGUGACAAUGUACCGUCAGCGACGUUUUUAUAAAUAGCAAGCAACGCGACAUGUAACUGGACAGCAAUUAUCUGUUGUGCAAUUCAGCGUGUAAUUCAACAUGUUACAGUUCAUCUUUUGAGUUACUCUAUCUUCUACUUUCAUUUAUUUCUCCAUUAACUCCUGCUUGUUGAACAAAAGAGCGCAGCUCUUUCUUUCGAAAAAGCGAGAUUGUACAAAAGUUCUUUGUGCUGCAAGAGCUUUGCUCAAGAUGUUGGUUCCAAAAAAGAACACCGUGCCAACAUAUUUAGAACUCUGUAAGAGUAAAAAAAAUAAAUUGCAGCAUAUAUUCCUUCAGUAAAUUUCUUUAAUGAAGGUUUGAAAUCCACCUUGUGGAGAGGCGUUUUCGCAAAGUGGGGUUCUAUUAAGAGACCAUGAACAGUAAAUAUUCUACCUGCAGUACAUAAGCCAGUAGCUUUUUCAUCAAAUUCAGGUAGUAAGAACACAUGGGGGAAAAAAGAAAUCCAUACUCAGCCCCGAUGUGAUGAAGUUUGCCAAACCAUUUAAACAGGCAUCAUGUCUGAUUACAUAAAUGUCUGUUAUUCACAGCAACCAUCUUGGAGCGUAUAUUGAUCUGCCGAAAAGACACUCUCACUUCAUGUUGCUAGACAGAACUGUUCCUAUUUUAUGAACUAUUUAUUUACAUGACAUGAAUAAAAAAUACGCUUUAUCGCCAAGUGUUUACUGUUAGAAAUAAAAGAGCCUUUCUACCAUAGGUGAGACUCUUUUUCAAUGUGCGUCGACACAUGAAGGUGUGAAACUUUUUCUGGCAACAGAAAAAGCUGCAGAGGAGAAGUUUUACUGUUUCAAACAAAACAAAAACUAGGUGUCUCUCUUUGCCUACAGUGCGCAUAGACUGCCAGGUCACGGACUUACUGGUCAAAAACUCUUAACAGAGCCCCGCUUCAAUAUGGCGAAACAGUGACUCAAAAUGUAGCAUGCCUAUUAUUAAAUUAGCUUCAUUUACAGGAAGACUUUGUUGUAAACAGGCUUCUGUGAAAUAUAUGAAAUAUUUAUCGACAGUCUCUCCCAUGCACUUUUGUCCCCAUAAAAUUCUUCACCUCGCUUUGCGACAGAACCACGUUGAAUUUUUCCCCUCGCUGGGAUCCAUGUUGGAUGAAUUCAGCGCUCCACACAGAAACGCUUCUAAAGUCUGAGCCUGUGAUUUAUUCAUUUGACAGAUAAAGCACAGCUACAAGUUAUUACGGCCAAGAAUAAUUGGCCUUAAGUCUUGGAAAUGUCAUAUGACAGGAAGUAGCUUCUAAAGCACCUAGUUUUCCAUCUCCUGAAGAAAAGGCAAAUGGUUCAUUUAUUUAUAAGCGGAAGGUUUUGAGGCAUUUUACACUGAAAAACAUAAUUCUGAUCCUGUCUGGUGACAUUGAUGCGUAGUUUUGAGAAGGAAUGCGACGUUUUUGUUGGACCAUGUGAAAUCAUUGACAAUAAUGUAUGUGCAGAGACCCGUAGAUAGACGUAUAAUCCUGAGGCAACACAGUAUAACCUUCUGACUCUGUGAAACGUUGUUUUUGUAGAUUUGGUGAAACAAGCAGGAAUUACGAUAUAUAUUGAAAGACAUGUUUUUAAAGUUUAAUAGUAGUAAAUCUGCUUUUAUAUAAAUAUUUACUUACAGCCAUUAUUUUUGACUUGUUGGUAUUAUAUAAUCACAAUUAUAUAUC